CUGUGAUUGGUCAGAGCGGGACGACUCUGUCCUGUGGUUGGCUGUUGGGGUUCUCCGGGCCCCUGUGCGCAGUGUGAGGCCGAUCAGUCGUGUGUCAGCCGCCGGCGAGGAGACAUGCUGGGAACGGGCGGCUCCAUAGACCGGGGGCGGCUCCGACAGCUGCUGCGGGGGAGUGUGGCCGGCCUGUGCGAGCUGAGACUCCUCCGGGAGAGGCAGGAGGUGCGGGUCCGCAGGGCGCUCCGCGGGGGCGAGGAUCUGGACAGACAGUUGUGGGAGUUGGAGAGACAGCUGGGAGAGCUCAGACUGAGAGCCGAGACCGACAGCCAAAGCGCGGACUUGGACGCCAACAACCCGGAGUCAUGUGACGUCUUCCUGGACCGGCCCCCCAGGACGGGUCAGACGGAGGCCCGCAUGCAUUACGCCAGCGAGCGCCCAAAGAGCGCAGGUGACCUGGUUGUGGGAUCCCAGCACCCCCGCUCCUCUUCUUCCCGCCUGCUGGUUCCUCGCUCCAUGUCUGCUCCCUAUCCCUCACCUUCCUCUCCGCCCCCUCCCCCCGCUCGCAGGGCCGAAGGCUACAUCCUGUCUCUUCUCCGCCGCCAGCUCCGCACACCCUACAUGCGCUCCGUCUCCGCCGAGCGCCCCUCUCCCCCUCCCCCUCCUCCUCCUCCCAUUCCUGCUCCAACUCCAGUCUGUAGAAUGGCCACCAACACCUCUCACACCCCUGUCCACCGGGGCCCCCGAAGAAAGCACCCACCCCUGCUGAAGGGCCGCAGCGUGGAAGGCUCUCCGCCGAGACCCCCCAGGAAAUGUCUGUCGGCAGAGGAGCCGCCAAGGAAAAGGGGAGGGCGCAGGACGCCGCGGUCUCUGUCUGAGACGAGCCUGAGGGACCCCAUUCAGGAGCCAGAAGAGAACGUGGAAGCCGGGGGGCGCGCCGAAGCGUGGGGCGGCUCCAGAGGGAACCUGGAUGGCUGGGGUCACCCCAGGAACCACAGGGAGAGCUGGGCCAAUGCCCGAUCGCAGACCGAGGGCUGGGCCGACCAGCAGGCCUUCGUCCCAGAGUGGGGCCCCGUGCAGGAAGGAGGGCGGUGCUACACUCUGGGCAGAGAAGGGAGGGCCCCACCGGUGAGGCUCGGCCCGCCCUGCAGAAAGUGGAGAUCAACGGCUGAGAUCAGCGCCGGGGUGCCGGAGGUGGAGCCGCGGGUCGAUUCGGAGGGGGAAGAGGAGGAGGAAGAAGGGGAAAUGGUGUGGCCAAUGCAGCUUCCCCCCCGCGAUGCCGAAGGGCGCCCCCAGGUGUUCAAAGUCAAAGCCUCGCAGGCGCUGAAGAAAAAGAUCAUGCGUUUUCACACGGGGUCACUGAAGGUCAUGACCACGGUGUGAACCCGGCAGAACCGCGCCGCGUCCGCCAUGACGUCACACCCGAGGAUUGUUGGUCAAGUGCAAUGUUUUAAAUUCAGAGGACAGCAAACCCCGCCCCCGAGGAUUCCCCCUGCUGGAAGGGGGGGGGCUGGAUGCUGUGGGCGGAGAUUUGGGGGAGGGGCAUUGUCACAGUGGGAGGGGCAUUGUCACAGAUGGUUCUUUCUCUGUUCUUCCUCCUUUGUGUACCAGCCUUGUUCAUGAAGUGCCACCAUAGUCUGCAGCGCAGUACAGAGCCACAGAUCCUUGUCAGAGGAGCUUGCAGUCUAGUGUUUUGGGGGUCCACAUAUCGGGGGGGGGGGGUCCCGGCCACCAUCCUUCCUUUAUUUCAGGUGGUAAUUAUAAUGUUUGGCUGAACUCUACAGGUCAAGAGAAACACAAUCAGGUUUCACCUAUCUCUGGGAUGUCUGGUUGCUACGGGCGAUGGCGCAGUUCGUCUCCCCCUCCCCCCCCCCCC